CAGUCAGCUUCUUUUGGACUGUCUCUCGUUUGUGCAGAUGGAUAACGCACCUGACAAAGAGGCGCUGCCAGAGGCAUGCCGAAUGAGAUGGAAGAAGGCUCGUGGUUAUCCAAUGUCGGACGAAGCAAGGCAUAGCCUGGCCGUCCGCUUGGAUGGAAUACUGCUGGAGCCUGCCGACAUUUCGAUUUGGGACGAGGGUCCCGAAAAUGGCUCCGUACCACUCGAGUUUCUCUUCCCAGGCGCGCCGGACUGCGAUGGCCAGCGCUUGGGUGAGGCCUUGGGAGAGGUGGUGCAAGAACGGCUUCAGGAGGAACAGAGAGCCGAGUUUCGAUGGCAGCUGAAACAGCGCCAGGAGUCUUCGUUGCGGAGGCGGAAGGCGAACGCCGCGGAGGAGGGUGACACAUCUGAGGAGAAGUGGCGAAGCUACUUGCAAAAGCCGGCUGCAGAGGUGACACUGAAAGUCCAUUCCGUGUUUGAUGCAGGGACACGGAUGAGAAAAGUAUUGGGAUGCCGUGUAUCAAUGUCUCCAGAAGCCGCCCAUGGACUUGGGAAGAUUUGUUUUCGACAUGUCUUCGAAAGUGAGGAGGAGGAGAGAGAGAGGCUUCAAAAGCUCAAGUGGUACGAGGAUCCUUUCUUAUCGUGUUUCUAUGGCUGUUCUUGCGUGAUCAUUGUGGUGGUCACACUCUGGCUGUGUAUGCUGCUGCCAGCAGUGAUUCGGCAACUGUGACGCUCGUUUGUCAUUUCAUUUUUUGGUAAAUGACUCGAUCUUUUACCCAGAAAAUGCCAUAGCCAUAGUGGACAAAACGUCAAGGCAUGUAAAGACAGUCGUGCUUGAAAUUUGGUUUAGCAGGACUCGAGUUCCUGGAAUGCUUUAGGAAUUUUCGGAGCCAGGCCAGCAGUUGGUGUCCAAGCCAGAGUCAGAGGCUAUUUGGCUGUAUGCAUCCGUUCCAUUUCCAUGAAUGUCCAAUGUGAUUCCAUCACUUUGGCCUUGCCACAUCUUGAGCAGUGUCGAU